AUGAAUGCCAGCAUCGCCUCUCAAUCUGGGGACUCUCUGCUAGGUGCACGAAAUCAGCUUCGAAAGUCCGCAAUCAAAGAUGACGUCCAAGAAGGAUAUGCGAAGGCUCGACCUCGGUAUGCUGCUGCCCAGAUCUCCGAAUCUCUCGUGCUUUUCCUCUGGAUGCUCGUUGCUAACGUUGACGAUGCGACAGCUAUUCCCUACGUUGACCCGCCCAAAGACAAGAACGAUGCGGAUAUGACUGGGGCCAUGUCUAGCACAAUGCCAAUGGCAGCGAUGUUCACACGAAACAGAAUGAUCGGAUGGGUCGCUAUGGUUUUCUCACUCCAGUCCUGGCUCGGUGAGACCGAAGAGCAGAAGAAGAACGCCACUACACCAGCAUACAUGUCUGUUGGCAUGUCUCUGAUGGCUCUGGCUGUUACCUACCUUCCCAUAUUCCUCCCUCCUGCAGGCCCCAAGGCUGGCGCUGUUCCGACGCCGUCUCCCACACCAGCUCCACCCGCGAUCGCUAUCACAGAGAUUCAAAUCUCCCCUCCAGCUCUAUUUACAAGAACCGCUUUUAAAGGCCGUUUACGACUAAAGGCCGAGUUUAUGUCCAUCGAAAACCUUAAGACCUUCGACCCCUUCGCCGAAGCUGACGAAGACACCGGCGAGACUAAGCAGUCUCAAAACUACAUCCAUAUACGGAUUCAACAGCGCAAUGGUCGAAAGACCUUGACUACGGUCCAGGGUCUGCCCAAGAAGUUUGACCAGAAGAAGAUCUUGAAGGUGAUCAAGAAGAAGUUCGCCUGCAAUGGCACCAUCGUCAACGACACCGAGAUGGGUGAGGUGAUUCAACUCCAAGGAGAUCAGCGUAAAGAUGUUCAGGAGUUCUUGACCGACAAGAAGGAGGGUCUUGAGCUUGAUGCUAAGACCAUCAAGGUUCACGGUUUCUAA